CGGCGCUCGCCCUCCCCUCCCCUCCCCCCGCUCUUUCUUUCUUGGGGGAGGGGGGCUGUCGCCUCGGAUUGAAGGCCAUUGAUUUGUAUGUAUUUGUCCCAGCGCCGGAGGCUGCCCCAGCCGCCCGUGCAGGUGCCGCCGCUGCCAGUGGAGUUGCCUCCCUGCUUCCCUAGGGUGGUGCGGCUCCACCAAACAUGUCGGCUCCUGUCGGGCCCCGGGGCCGCCCGGCUCCCACCCAGGCGGGUUCGCAACCGCCGCCGCAGCCCGAGAUGCCCGACCUCAGCCACCUCACUGAGGAGGAGAGGAAAAUCAUCCUCGCUGUCAUGGAUCGGCAGAAGAAAGAAGAGGAGAAGGAGCAGUCCGUGCUCAAAAAACUGCAUCAACAGUUUGAAAUGUACAAGGAGCAGGUAAAGAAGCUGGGAGAAGAAUCACAGCAACAGCAAGAGCAGAAGGGUGAUGCUCCGACCUGUGGGAUCUGCCACAAAACAAAGUUUGCCGAUGGAUGUGGCCAUAACUGUUCCUAUUGCCAAACAAAGUUCUGUGCCCGUUGUGGAGGCCGAGUAUCAUUACGCUCAAACAAGGUCAUGUGGGUAUGUAAUUUGUGCCGAAAACAACAAGAAAUCCUCACUAAAUCAGGAGCGUGGUUUUAUAACAGUGGGUCUAAUACAGCACAGCAACCUGAGCAAAAGGCUCUUCGAGGACCGCGAAGUGAGGAGGCCCCUCGGGAGAAGAAAGCAAAGCUGCAUGAGCAGGCCCAGUUCCAAGGACCCCCAGGUGACUUAUCUGUACCUGCAGUGGAGAAAAGUCGAUCUCAUGGGCUCACAAGACAGGAUUCUAUUAAAAAUGGGUCAGGAGUGAAGCACCAAAUUGCCAGUGACAUAGCUGCAGACAGGAAAAGAAGUCCAUCAGUGUCCAGAGAUCAGAAUAGACGAUACGACCAACGGGAAGAAAGAGAGGAAUAUUCACAGUAUGCCACUUCAGAUAGCGCAAUGCCUAGGUCUCCAUCAGAUUAUGCUGAUAGGCGAUCUCAACGUGAUCCUCAGUUUUAUGAAGAGUCUGAUCAUAUGAACUAUAGGGACUCCAACAGGAGAAGUCACAGGCAUUCCAAAGAGUAUAUUGUAGAUGAUGAAGAUGUGGAGAGUAGAGACGAGUAUGAACGACAAAGGAGAGAGGAGGAAUACCAGGCACGCUACCGAAGUGAUCCAAAUUUGGCUCGCUAUCCAGUUAAACCUCAACCUUACGAAGAGCAAAUGCGUAUCCAUGCUGAAGUGUCCCGAGCGCGGCAUGAGAGACGGCAUAGUGAUGUUUCUUUGGCAAAUGCUGAACUGGAAGAUUCCAGAAUUUCUAUGCUAAGGAUGGAUCGACCAUCAAGGCCAAGAUCUAUAUCUGAACGUAGAGCUGCCAUGGAAAAUCAGAGAUCUUAUUCAAUGGAAAGAACUCGAGAAAUUCAGGGACCAAGUUCAUAUCCACAAAGGACCACAAACCAUAGUCCUCCUACACCACGGAGGAGUCCAAUUCCCAUGGAUCGACCAGACAUGAGGCGUACUGACUCACUGAGGAAGCAGCACCACUUGGAUCCCAGCUCCGCUGUACGGAAAACAAAACGGGAAAAAAUGGAAGCGAUGUUAAGGAAUGAUUCUCUGAGCUCUGACCAGUCAGAGUCAGUGAGACCUCCACCACCAAAGCCUCAUAAAUCAAAGAAAGGAGGUAAAAUGCGACAGGUUUCUUUGAGCAGUUCAGAGGAGGAAUUGGCUUCCACGCCUGAAUACACGAGUUGUGAUGAUGUUGAGAUUGAAAGUGAGAGUGUAAGUGAAAAAGGGGACAGUCAAAAGGGAAAAAGAAAAACUAGUGAGCAGGCAGUUUUGUCGGACUCUAACACCAGGUCUGAGAGACAAAAGAAAAUGAUGUGCUUUGGUGGCCACUCUUUGGAAGAGGAUUUGGAAUGGUCUGAGCCUCAGAUUAAGGAUUCUGGGGUAGAUACCUGUAGUAGCACAACCCUUAACGAGGAGCAUAGCCGUAGUGAGAAGCACCCUGUGACCUGGCAGCCAUCUAAAGAUGGAGAUCGCUUGAUUGGCCGUAUUUUAUUACACAAACGUCUGAAAGAUGGAAGUGUACCUAGAGAUUCAGGAGCAAUGCUUGGCCUGAAGGUAGUAGGAGGGAAGAUGACUGAAUCAGGUCGGCUUUGUGCAUUCAUUACCAAAGUUAAAAAAGGAAGCUUAGCUGAUACUGUAGGACAUCUUAGACCAGGUGAUGAAGUUUUAGAAUGGAAUGGAAGGUUGUUGCAAGGAGCCACAUUUGAGGAAGUGUACAAUAUCAUUCUGGAAUCCAAACCUGAACCACAAGCGGAACUUGUUGUUUCAAGGCCUAUUGGAGAUAUACCUAGAAUACCGGAGAGCACACAUGCCCAGCUGGAAUCCAGUUCUAGCUCCUUUGAAUCUCAAAAAAUGGAUCGUCCUUCUAUCUCUGUUACCUCUCCUAUGAGUCCUGGCAUGUUGAGGGAUGUCCCACAGUUCUUAUCUGGACAACUUUCAAUAAAACUAUGGUUUGACAAGGUUGGUCACCAACUCAUAGUUACAAUUUUGGGAGCAAAGGAUCUCCCUUCCAGGGAAGAUGGGCGGCCAAGGAAUCCUUAUGUUAAAAUUUACUUUCUUCCAGACAGAAGCGAUAAAAACAAGAGAAGAACUAAAACUGUGAAGAAAACAUUAGAACCUAAAUGGAAUCAAACAUUCAUUUAUUCUCCAGUUCACCGAAGAGAGUUUCGGGAACGAAUGCUUGAAAUAACUCUUUGGGAUCAAGCUCGAGUUCGAGAGGAAGAAAGUGAAUUCUUAGGAGAGAUUUUGAUUGAGUUAGAAACAGCAUUAUUAGAUGAUGAGCCACAUUGGUACAAACUUCAGACCCAUGAUGUGUCUUCAUUGCCGCUUCCUCGCCCCUCUCCAUACAUGCCUCGAAGACAACCCCAUGGGGAAAGCCCAACGCGGAGGUUGCAAAGGUCAAAGAGAAUAAGUGACAGUGAAGUCUCUGACUAUGACUGUGAUGAUGGAAUUGGCGUUGUGUCAGAUUAUCGACACAAUGGUAGAGACCUUCAGAGCUCAACAUUAUCAGUUCCAGAACAAGUGAUGUCAUCAAACCAUUGUUCACCGUCAGGAUCUCCUCACAGAGUAGAUGUUAUAGGAAGGACUAGAUCAUGGUCACCCAGUGUCCCUCCUCCACAAAGUCGGAAUGUGGAACAGGGACUUCGAGGGACCCGAACAACUCCCGGACAUUAUAAUACAAUUAGCCGAAUGGAUAGACACCGUGUCAUGGAUGAUCACUACUCUCCAGACAGAGACAGUCAUUUUCUUACUCUACCUCGCUCCAGAUACAGUAAGACCUUUGAACAUCAUCACAGGGAUGGCAGGGAUUGCGAAGCAGCAGAUAGACAGCCAUAUCACAGAUCCAGAUCAACAGAACAACGGCCUCUCCUUGAGCGGACCGCCACCCGCUCCAGAUCCACUGAGCGUCCUGACACAAACCUCAUGAGGUCGAUGCCUUCAUUAAUGACUGGAAGAUCUGCCCCUCCUUCACCUGCCUUAUCGAGGUCUCAUCCUCGUACUGGGUCUGUGCAAACAAGCCCAUCAAGUACUCCAGUGGCAGGACGAAGGGGCCGCCAGCUACCGCAGCUGCCACCAAAGGGAACGCUGGAGAGAAGUGCUAUGGAUAUAGAGGAGAGAAAUCGCCAAAUGAAAAUUAACAAAUACAAACAGGUAGCCGGAUCAGAUUCCAGACUGGAACAAGAUUACCAUUCAAAGUAUCGAUCAGGAUGGGAUCCUCAUAGAGGGGCAGAUAACAUUUCCACUAAAUCUUCGGACAGUGAUGUAAGUGAUAUAUCUGCGGUUUCAAGGACUAGUAGUGCUUCUCAUUUCAGCAGCACAAGCUACAUGUCUGUCCAAUCGGAACGGCCAAGAGGAAACAAGAAGAUCAGUGUCUUUACCUCCAAAAUGCAAAGCAGACAAAUGGGCAUGUCUGGGAAAAACAUGACUAAGAGCACCAGCAUCAGCGGAGACAUGUGCUCGCUGGAGAAGAACGAUGGCAGCCAAUCCGACACCGCCGUGGGCGCCUUGGGCACCAGUGGCAAAAAGCGGCGCUCUAGCAUCGGGGCCAAAAUGGUAGCUAUUGUUGGUCUGUCACGGAAAAGUCGCAGCGCUUCUCAGCUCAGCCAAACGGAAGCAGGUGGUAAAAAAUUACGGAGCACUGUCCAGAGAAGUACGGAGACAGGUCUGGCAGUGGAGAUGAGGAACUGGAUGACUCGACAAGCCAGCCGAGAAUCUACAGAUGGCAGCAUGAACAGCUACAGCUCGGAAGGAAAUCUGAUUUUCCCUGGUGUCCGCUUGGCCUCUGACAGCCAAUUCAGUGAUUUCCUGGAUGGCCUUGGGCCUGCUCAGCUGGUGGGACGCCAGACCCUGGCUACACCUGCAAUGGGUGACAUUCAGGUAGGCAUGAUGGACAAAAAGGGACAGUUGGAGGUGGAAAUCAUUCGGGCCCGUGGCCUUGUUGUAAAACCAGGUUCCAAGACACUGCCAGCACCAUACGUAAAGGUGUAUCUCUUAGAUAAUGGAGUCUGCAUAGCCAAAAAGAAAACAAAAGUGGCAAGAAAAACGCUGGAACCUCUUUAUCAGCAGCUGUUAUCUUUUGAAGAGAGUCCCCAAGGAAAAGUUUUACAGAUUAUCGUCUGGGGAGAUUAUGGUCGCAUGGAUCACAAAUCCUUCAUGGGAGUGGCUCAGAUACUUUUAGAUGAACUGGAACUAUCCAACAUGGUGAUUGGAUGGUUUAAACUUUUUCCGCCCUCCUCCCUAGUAGAUCCAACAUUGGCCCCUCUGACAAGAAGAGCCUCCCAGUCAUCUCUGGAAAGUUCAACUGGACCUUCCUACUCUCGCUCAUAGCAGCUGUAAAACUUUUGUCACAGCAACCAGCGUUCCAAAAAAAAAAAAAAAAAAAAAAAAAAUCACAGGUCGCCAACCCUGGUAACACUGCAUGCUUAAUGUUGUGUCUUCUGAGCCUGUUUCUAGGGAUACGAAGCGAUCCUGUGUUCUCAGAGGAAGUCGCACACAUUGUGCCCUAACGACGGCCCUCAGGUGAAGAACUAUCAGGUGUGGAGUUCAGUGACACUCAUUUUUGGUCCAAUCUGAAGCCAUGGAUUAAUCUCAAAGAAUCAGUCAGUUUCAUGCAACAAAAGCCCUUUUCAAUGGCACCUUUAUAUUUUUAUCUUACCUUUUUCUUCAUUUAUCUGACCCCAAAGCCCUGUUAUGCCACAGACAUGGAGUUGUAUAACCAUUAAGCCAUGUUACAGAUCAAGGAGACAAGUCCUAGGAAGCAUCAGGUGAAAAGCCUAAGACCAAAGAACUGGUCAGUAACAGUCCCUCUCUGGAUGGUGAAACAGAGUGGUCAGUCCAGAAGGGAGAGAGACCGACUGGGGAGCGCCGGCGGACACCUCCUUCACCAAUGCCAAGACACAUUGGACUCUGGAAACAAGAUCUGUGGCAACACUGGACUGAAUGAAAUUAAAGAAACUCUUUUUGCAUGGACACAGAUUAGCUGAAUACAUAAAUUAUUUUCUUGGGGCUGCAACUUGCAAAAAAGAAUAAAACUCAGCCAUUUUCAACAAUUUAUAUUAUUUUUAAAAAUAAAUUUCACUAGUGCAUGGUUUUAAAGGGGGUGAGAAUGCAACAGGGUGAUACAAAGACAGACCAUGUUUAUUCUUUAAACUACGCAUAGUCUGUGUUUUGGCAGACAUCACAAACGAAAGUACUUUCUAAAAAAUACUGAAAAUUCUGUUUCUGUGACAAAUAAGUAUAAUAUACUCAAUUUAUUUCCAUGUUAAAUAUACAAGUCUUAUGAAGUUCAAUAUGUGCAAAUUUUUCACAUCUUCUUUCAUCUUCUCUGUCUCACUUUUCCUAUUGUCCCUCUUUUACUCUUUUAAUUUCUCUCUCCUUACCAGAAUGAACCAUAUGCUAAAAGCUUACUAAGUUUUCAUCUGAUCCUCUCUUAUACCCCAUGUUUAAUUCAGAACUGUCAGUGCUUCUGAAUUUAUGAAUUUCUCAAGGAAAAACAACUAUUUAAGAGCUUUCUUUAUUUCAAGCAUGUUGAAAAGGAUUUUGCAACAUGACUUGGGAGUACAUUAAAGUAAGUCAGCAUGUAUUUGACGAAGAAGAUAUUUGAACUUUUGCAAUUUAUUGUACAGUGCAUGGUAAUUUUUUUCACCUUCAAAAUUCAGUUUACAGGAAAUUCCUAAAAUCAUGUGGCCAUUGUGAUGUCUAAUGAGUUUAUUUUUAGCACCAGCAUUAUUCAUACAGGGGUUAAAGUAUUAUUUAUAGGAGGUCGUAGGUUUUGUUUGUUUUUUAAUCAGUUAAAGCAAUUUCUUUAGCCAGUUUUCCAUUUCCUAUGUGAAUAGAAACAAUGCUGAAAAUUUGGAGCCCCCAAACACAGGGCUGUUUAUUAAUUCAUUUUUCUGUAGUAAAAAUUCAAUUUUUCACAAAUUAUAUUUCUAAAGAAAUAUAGUAAGCAUAAAUUUGCAACAAUUUUAAAGCUCCAAUUUUUAGGUGACUCAAAAAAGUCAGUAUGCCUAUUGAUAGUUCCUUGAUGCCAUCACCAAAAGUCUCCAAGAAAAAUCCCUCAAGUCACAACCCCUGCCUUUGCUUUCACAGACAUUGGGUGGUGCUGCAAGGUCAACUUUCUCCCCAAUUCCCCUAUUUGGAGGAAAAGUCACUGGUUAUUGUAAUAAGCCACCCAUAUUUUCAUGUUGUUAAUGCAUAUUUUAAUUAUUCAUACAUUGUUAUGAAUUAAGUUCCUUGUAAUAAUUUUUGAAGUCCACAUGCAUUCUGUUUAGUUUGAUUAAGGCCAUGCACAAAAUUUGUCUUCUUUGCUUUUGCUCUUUUUUUUUUUUAGUCAGUGCUGACCAUUAAAAACUAUCAUGCUUGAUAUGGUGCAAAAGUUAAAAAUGAGUAUCACUAAAAAUGCCUUCUCUUUAUGUGGUGCAAUAUGAAACCCACCCAGCCUGUGUCUUGAUGUUCUGUUACAUGCGAUGGACCCAGGUAAAAUUAUUAAAAGAAAGGAGAAAACUGUAUCGAAGUAAUUUAGACACCUGUGUACCAGCAGCAAUUGAUUUAAAUAGGCCUGUGAUGUCUACACUACCCCCUUAGAAUAAAGGUUAACCAUUCUCCUGAUAGUAAGUUGCAGUCACAUAAUCUUUUGUGCAUAUUCCUAUACAAAUUAUUUCUAAUUUUAAUAAGAAGGACAUAACUGUGUGGAAUAUUUGUACAUACUUGUCGUUAUGCAGUAUUUAUUUAAAAGUUGGUGUACUUUGUGUUUUUUUGUUUGUCUUUUUAAAUUUUCACAUGUCUGCACCUCAACUAUGAUUUAGUCAUGUAAAUAACACCAUGCCAGUGACCAUUGCUGCCCUGUACAUAGUAUGUUUUCAAAGUAAAGGGAAUUUCAGUUGGGGGGAAAAAGGGAGGAUUAGUCCUGUAACCAACACACCAACUAAUGUAAAUCAAAUUCAUUCUGGUGAUGGUAUUAACACUUUAAAUAAAACAUUUUCUUUACAGACGGUGUGUGAAGUGCUUUCUCUGACUUCUCCCCUGCCACAGCUUAUGCUUGACCUCAUUUGUCGUUGAAAGACUAUAAAAUCAUCCUUUCCUAACUCUGCAUAGGCUAUGGUCUUAGCUAAAAGUCCUCAGGAGAGCAUUGCUUUGCGGUCCCUGAAGCUCUCUGCUCACAUCAUUGGAAGAUGCUAGUUUUUUUG